CCCUCCUUUUCCUCAGCCAACUCUAUAAAGGCCCCAGACGAGGGCCCCUUUCCUGCUUCACCUCCUCACUGCACCGCAGAGCUGAGUUCGGCCAGGAUCCCAAGGAAUCACCUUUUCCAGAAAGCAAGAUGGUGAAAAUCGGAGUCAACGGAUUUGGCCGUAUUGGCCGUCUGGUCACCAGGGCUGCCUGCAUGAGUGGAAAAGUCCAGGUUACUGCAAUCAAUGACCCCUUCAUUGACCUGAACUACAUGGUCUACAUGUUUAAAUAUGACUCCACUCAUGGCCGUUUCAAUGGCACUGUCAAAGCCGAGAAUGGAAAACUUGUGAUCAAUGGAAAUGCUAUCACAAUCUUCCAAGAGCGUGACCCUGCCAAUAUCAAGUGGGCAGAUGCUGGUGCAGAUUAUGUUGUGGAGUCCACUGGCGUCUUCACCACCAUAGAGAAGGCCAGCGCUCACAUCAAAGGGGGUGCUAAGCGUGUUAUCAUCUCUGCCCCAUCAGCCGAUGCGCCCAUGUUUGUGAUGGGUGUCAAUCAUGACAAAUACGACAACUCCCUGAAAAUUGUCAGCAAUGCUUCUUGCACCACCAACUGCCUGGCUCCCUUGGCCAAGGUCAUCAAUGACAACUAUGGCAUUGUGGAAGGCCUUAUGACCACCGUCCAUGCCAUCACAGCCACACAGAAGACCGUGGAUGGUCCCUCUGGAAAGCUGUGGCGAGAUGGCAGAGGAGCUUCUCAGAACAUCAUCCCAGCAUCCACAGGCGCUGCCAAGGCUGUCGGCAAGGUCAUUCCUGAACUGAACGGGAAACUCACAGGGAUGGCUUUCCGUGUCCCAACUCCAAAUGUUUCCGUUGUGGACCUAACAUGCCGCUUGGAGAAACCAGCCAAGUACGAUGACAUUAAGAAAGUUGUAAAGGCUGCCUCUGAGGGGCCCAUGAAGGGUAUCCUUGGCUACACAGAAGACCAGGUUGUCUCCUGUGACUUCAACGGCGAUGCCCACUCUUCCAUCUUUGAUGCAGCUGCUGGCAUUGCUCUCAAUGACCACUUUGUCAAACUGGUCUCCUGGUAUGACAAUGAAUUUGGAUACAGCAACCGCGUUGUAGACUUGAUAGUCCACAUGGCAUCCAAGGAGUAAAGACGAGCGGCCACUUUGUCAUCUCGGCUCUGUAUAAUUUGCAGUUAGAGGCUCCCAGUGUUCCAUCUGCCUCUGAGGAAGUGGAGAGGCCGGAAGAAACUUGCGUUUCACUAACACCUCCCCUCUCAAUAAAAGUCAUCACUAUUUCAUGUA